CCGCGGGUGGCACCGGGCUGGGGGUGGCACCGGGUGGUGGCAGCCGGUGUCACCCGUUCUGGAGCCUCGCGGUCACCCCGAGGCCGCCGGCGGGGCCCUGGGGUCCUUGUGGCCACCCGUGACCCCAGGGUGGUUGGUGGCCUCGGGGUGGCCCCGUGGGGGUCGUUGGUGGCCUCGGGGUGGUCGGUGGCCUUGGGGUCAUUGGUGGCCUUGGGGUGACAGGUGGCCCCAGGGUCAUUGGUGGCCCCGGGGGGGGGUCAGUGACCUCGGGCUCAUUGGUGGCCCCGGGGUUAUGGAUGGUCCUGGGGUCACUUUAGGGUCAUUGGUGGCCCCGAGUGGUCCCAGGUGGCCCUGGGCUGCUUGGUGGCCUCACCGUGGCCACCAGGCCGUGGCCCGGUGCUGCUGGCACGUCCCAGCCAGCCCCAGUCCGGAGCUGGGGGCGCUCGGUGGUGGCCCCAUGGCCAUCCCCGUGUCCCCUGUCCCCCUGUCCUGUGUCCCUGUGUCCCCCUGUCCCCCUGUCCCCCUGUCCCAGUGUCCCUGUGUCCCUGUGUCCCCUGUCCCCCUGUCCUGUGUCCCUGUGUCCCUGUGUCCCCCUGUCCCCCUGUCCUGUGUCCCUGUGUCCCUGUGUCCCCUGUCCCCCUGUCCUGUGUCCCUGUGUCCCCCUGUCCCAGUGUCCCCUGUCUCAGUGUGGCCGUGUCCCUGCGCACGCCACGCUGUCCCCAUGUCCCGUGUCCCCUGUCCCUGUAUCCCCCUGUCCCCUAUCCCCGUGUCCCAUGUCCUCUGUCCCCGUGUCCCCUGUCCCCCUGUCCUGUGUCCCCCUGUCCCCGUGUCCCCGCUCGUGCCACGCUGUCCCCAUGUCCCACGUCCCCUAUCCCCCUGUCCUGGUGUCCCUGUGUCUCCUGUCCCUGUGUCCCUGUGUCCCCUAUCCCCAUGUCCCCGUGUCCCCUGUGUCCCCCUGUCCCCCGUCCUGUGUCCCUGUGUCCCCGCACACGCUGUGCUGUCCCCAUGUUCUAUGUCCCCUGUCCCUGUGUUCCCAUGUCCCUGUGUCCCCCUGUCCCAUGUCCUCCUGUCCUGUGUCCCCGUGUCCCAGUGUCCCCACACAGACUGUGCUGUCCCCCUGUCCCAUGUCCCCUGUCCCCUGUCCCGUGUCCCCGUGUCUCCGCACACGCUGUGCUGUCCCCAUGUUCCAUGUCCCCUGUCCCCGUGUUCCCGUGUCCCUGUGUCCCCUGUCCCCGUGUCCCCCGUCCCAUGUCCCCCUGUCCCCCUGUCCCCCGUGCCGUGUCCUGGUGUCCCUGCACACGCUGUGCUGUCCCCAUGUUCCAUGUCCCCUGUCCCCGUGUCCCGCUGUCCCUGUGUCCCUGUGUCCCUGUGUCCCCCUGUCCCCUGUCCCCUGUCCCGUGUCCCCCGUGCCGUGUCCCCCUGUCCCCUGUCCCGUGUCCCCCGUGCCGUGUCCCGCUGUCCCUGUGUCCCCGUGUCCCCUGUCCCGGUGUCCCGUGUCCCCCGUGCCGUGUCCCGCUGUCCCCGUGUCCCCGUGUCCCCUGUCCCGGUGUCCCGUGUCCCCCGUGCCGUGUCCCGCUGUCCCCGUGUCCCCGUGUCCCCUGUCCCGGUGUCCCGUGUCCCCCGUGCCGUGUCCCACUGUCCCCUGUCCCCUGUCCCGUGUCCCCCGUGCCGUGUCCCGCUGUCCCCGUGUCCCCUGUCCCGUGUCCCCCGUGCCGUGUCCCACUGUCCCCGUGUCCCCGCCCACGCCGCGCUGUCCCCAGGUGUUCCCCACGCUGCUCGGGGACAUGGACAGCGCGGGCAGCCUGAACGCGCAGGCCCUGCAGCUGCUGGGCGAGCGCCUCCGCGCCAAGGCCGUGUUCCAGACGCACCAGGCCAAGUUCGUCACGUGGCAGUUCGACGGCGAGUACCGCGGCGACGACUGCACGGCCACGCUCACGCUGGGCAACCCCGACCUGCUGGGCGGCUCCGUGAUCGUGGUGGCCCAUUUCCUGCAGAGCGUCACCGCCCGCCUGGUGCUGGGCGGGGAGCUCGUGUACCACCGGCGGCCCGGAGAGGAGGGGGCCAUCCUCACCCUGGCCGGCAAAUACUCGGCCCCGAACUGGGUGACAACGCUCAACGUGGGCUACGGGGGGGCCCACGCCAGCUACUACCACCGGGCCAACGAGCAGGUGCAGGUGGGGGUGGAGCUGGAGGCCAACACGCGCCUGCAGGAGACCACCUUUGCCUUUGGCUACCAGCUCAACCUGCCGCGAGCCAACGUCGUCUUCAGAGGGCUCCUGGACAGCAACUGGAGCGUGGGGGGGGUCCUGGAGAAGAAGUUGCCCCCCCUGCCCGUGACGCUGGCCCUGGGCGCCUUCCUGAACCACUGGAGAAACCGCUUCCACUGCGGCUUCAGCGUCACCGUGGGCUGAGGGACAGGGGACACGGGACAGGGGACAGGACAGCAGGGACAGGGGACAGCAGGGAUAGCAGGACAGAGGGGACAGGACAGCAGGGACAGUGGGACAGAGGGGACAGGGGACAGAGGGGACAGGACAGCAGGGACAGUGGGACAGAGGGGACAGGACAGCAGGGACAGGGGACAGCAGGGACAGGGGACAGCGGGACAGAGGGGAGAGGACAGCAGGGACAGGGGACAGGACGGCAGGGACAGGGGACAGCAGGGACAGCAGGACAGAGGGGACAGGACAGCAGGGACAGGGGACAGCAGGGACACAGGGGACAGGACAGCAGGGACAGGACAGUGGGGACAGGACAGUGGGGACAGGACAGCGGGGACAGGACAGAGGGGACAGGACAGAGGGGACAGCGGGGACAGGACAGCGGGGACAGGACAGCGGGGACAGGACAGAGGGGACAGCGGGGACAGGACAGCGGGGACAGGACAGCGGGGACAGCGGGCGUGUGGCACUGUCCUGCUCAGGGAGCUGCCAGGCCGGGCCGUGCAGGUGCCACAGGGACCCGCGGGGACACGGCGGGCUGGGGACAGCGAGUGACAGCGCCGCAGGGGGGCUGGGGGUCCCCAUUGUCCCCAGUGCCACCCUCUGGGAUUGGUGGCUGCUGCCACUGGCCGUCCCUGUUGUCCCCGGCGCCGUGGCGGCCGUGCCUCAGUUUCCCUGCGGUGACACACCCAGGAGCCCGGGUAAAUAAAGGAGCUUUACUCUGUGCCCGGUGGCGGCCGGGGGUGACGCUUGGGGACCGGGGGGUGACACGGGGGGCCAGGCUCAGCUGA